AUUCGGUCUUCUUGUUCUUAUUCUGUACAUGCGAGAGAGCGAGAGAGAGAGGGAGACAGGGAGGGGGAGAGACUCAUAAGGAAAUCGGUCGCCUGUAGCUGUAGUUCUUGGACACAUUCGAGCAAUUAGAAAUGGCGUCAAGACCCAUCGUUCCGCCACAGCCCAGAGGCGAGGCAGUAGUUGGAGGAGGUAAGCAGCAGAAGAAGAAUGAUGCAGCCGAAGCAAGAAACCGCAGAGCACUCGGUGAUAUUGGGAAUCAGGUAACCAUCCGAGGAAUCGAGGGCAAACCAAAUCGUCCCAUCACAAGGAGUUUCUGUGCUCAACUGCUCGCAAAUGCGCAAGCUGCAGCAGCUGCUGAAAAUAACAAGAAACAGUUCUGUGUGAAUGUUGAUGGAGCUCCUCUUCUUCUUGAUGGGGUUGCGGCAGGUAAACGAGCCGUUGCACCAAAGCCUCAGAAGAAAGCUGCUGUUAAGCCGAAGCCCGAAGAAGCCGUUGUCAUUAGCCCGGAUACGGAGGACGAUGGUGCUAAGGCUAAGCAAGAAAAUCCUAUCAACAAGAAAAAGGAUGGAGAAGAAAUGUUGAGGAAGAAAGCACAUGCCUUUACUUCGGUCCUAACUGCUCGUAGCAAGGCUUCUUGUGGUUUAACUGACAAACCAAAGGAGCAGAUUGUUGAUAUUGAUGCUGCAGACGCCUGUAAUGACUUGGCUGCUGUAGAAUACGUUGAGGACAUCUACAAGUUCUAUAAACUAGUUGAGAAUGAGAGUCGACCUUAUGAUUAUAUAGACUCUCAGCCGGAUAUCAAUGAAAGUAUGAGAGGGAUUCUGGUGGACUGGCUGAUAGAUGUUCAUAGGAAGUUUGAACUGUCUCUAGAAACUCUUUAUCUGACAGUCAAUAUAAUCGAUCGGUUCCUCGCAAUUAAGACAGUGCCAAGGAGGGAAUUGCAGUUGGUGGGCAUCAGUGCGAUGCUCAUGGCCUCUAAGUAUGAAGAAAUCUGGCCCCCUCAGGUCAACGACUUUGUACACCUUUCAGACAGAGCUUACACCAAUGAACAGAUUCUAGUCAUGGAGAAAAUCAUACUUGGCAAGCUGGAAUGGACCUUGACAGUGCCUACACCAUACGUUUUCCUCGUUCGUUUCAUCAAGGCAUCGAUUCCUGAUCAAGAACUGGAAAACUUGGUGUAUUUUCUUGGUGAGUUGGGUAUGAUGCAUUAUGCAACCAUAAUGUAUUGCCCAUCAAUGAUUGCUGCCUCAGCAGUCUAUGCCGCUCGUUGCACUCUAAAGAAGAUCCCCGCUUGGAACGCCACCCUCAAGCUUCAUACCGGCUUCUCCGAACCACAACUCAUGGAUUGUGCAAAACUGCUGGCGAGCCUCCACUCGAUGGCUGCGAGAAGUAAGCUUCAGGCUGUGUUCAGAAAGUACUCGAAAUCUGAAAGGGGAGCCGUGGCACUGCUUUCGCCGGCAAAAGCUCUCUUGUCUGGCGGUAUAUGCGCAUCCAAGGCUUAAUGGACAUAUAUUAUGUGCAUUGGGAUUGAUUUAAGUUUGCUUUUCUUUGAUUCUUUUUGUCUCUCCUGUUGCUUUUGAAUAUCUCCAAUGAGAAGAGCACAUUUAAGUAUUAGGAUACAUUGUUAACAUUUAAGUAUUCCAUUCAUUCGUUUACAUUUCAUGUGGAAGCUUGAAUUAGAGAGCAAUUUAAUUAGAAUGAAUGCAACGAAA